AUGAGCGAGACGCCAUUUCCCAGUCAAGCCUCCAACCCGUCGUCCCCACGAGAAGAAGCCCCAAGCCUGAACUCGUCCGACAUCCCGAAUGCCACCCGAGACGUCUCCGACCCCCUGACUUCCAAGCCGCCGCCUCCAUCAAAACCUUUCUCCCCAAAGUCGCCUACAUCUCGGGCGUCCAACAAACCGGCAAUGGCUGCUCCAGCGGCGGCCGCCCUGGGCGAGGUGCCAAAGUCUCUGCCCAGGAACUCGUCCAUCGAUACCGCCAUAUCCGCCGUCUCCUCAACAUCAUCCUCCGUCAAAAGCAACCCCCAAAACGACCAGCACAAGGCUAUCGACAUUGCCGGUCUCAUCAAGGCGGCUGGCAGUCCCGAGGUUGUCAUUCAGCAUCUUCUCAAAGAAAAGCAAUCCCAGCAUCAGCAAAACUCGCAGCUUUGGAGGCUGGUGGACAAGCAGAGGGCCAUGAUCUUGGGCCUGAAUAAAGACUUGGAGCAAGCGCUCAAGGAAAAGGAAAAAUAUAGGAGGAAGCUCAAGGAUCUGAUGGCCAACCCUGCUGUGCUCAAGGCCGCGGGAGCCCCUCACGGCGAAGGCAACCCGGAAGGACGCCGAGGCGUGACGCUGCCUCCCGUCGAUGUUGCGUCAUCCAAGGCUCCCCCGUGCCCGGCGCCCGAGUCCCCGAGCAUCGAAUCCGACAGCCAGAAGAACUCCCCCGUCGAGGUAUCGAUGGCGCCGUAUCCCAUCACGCCACCUGCUGAUCGACCACAAGAACCCCGGUCUGCUGUCGACGAGCUCCUGGACCCCAACCACGAUAUGCCGAACCCGCAAGAGCAUGCGCUGGACAAGUUCGAUCACGAGGCAGAGGACAAGGCCGCCGACGAUGAGCGCAAGGCUACGAACGAGAAGCAACUCAGGGAGAUACCCUACAACGUGUCACUUCCCCCGUCUCGAUCCCUUCCCAGCGAUCCGCCAAAGGUGCCUCCUCCGAAGCCCCCGACUUCGGCCCCUCCGACAGUCACAUUAUUCGACUCCACGCUCCAGCCGGACGAGAGGCUCGCCAAGUUUCCCGCCCCUCCCCGGAAGCCGCCCCCGGCACCCCUGCAGUUGAAGCCGACAGUCCACCGCGAACAACCUGAAGACGAGGACACGGACUCGGACUAUGACCAUCUGCUGGAAGUGGAAAUUAUAGAUGAGAAGCGUGGCCGACGCAGGACACGCGAGGAGGAUGAUAACGAUCGGGAUGUUGUUGCUCUCAAGGUUUCCGAGGAGCGGAGUGUCUCAAAGCAGAGCAGCACAUCGGACGUGGCGGCAUCCUCUCCCAGGGAAAGGGAAACUUCGCCAAGCGCAGACACAUCGCUCUCGGGCCAAACGUCAGAAGCAGACCGACCUACUUCUAUGAAUCCAAAGAUGCACGGAUACAUCAAGAGAGAGCUUAUGGCGCCAAUCAGCAGCCCUGGACUUCCGAUGAGCCCAAGGCCUCUUGGCAACAAAGCUAAGUCUGCGUCUUUGUCUCCGGCCAUGGGGAUCCGCGCGGUUUCUGCGCCGCUGUCUCCCCGACCACCACGCCAGGCGAUGCUUCUUCCCCCAAAUGCUCCACAAGGCUCACCCUUGGCUGUGUCGUCGACUCAUUCCUCUCCCGGACAGCUGCUCAACGCAGCCAAGCGAGCGGCGGAGACGAAUGCGCAGCCCGAAGCUGCCCAAACUCGGGCUGACUCGCCGGAGCGCACCAAAGUAUACAAAGGACUUGUCACCGAGGAGUAUCCGGACCUUUUGCUGCCCCCAAAUGCGCUGCCCUCGAUCAAGAUCAAGGUGGCUUCCUCGCGCAUGAAGCCAUCGAGGGCCAGCUUGCUGGCCCUGACGCAACUGGAUGAAGAUCCAGUGUUUACGUUAGCCAUCAUCUCGCGGGCCGAUCGCGGUGAGCUGUGGCGCGUGGAGAAGGACAUUGUCUCAUUUGCGAAGCUGGACCAGCGCCUGAAGCAAUGCACCGCAUUCACCGCCAAGACGCCCGAACGGUCCCUGUUCAGCGGCCACGCACCGGCAAAGCUGGAUGCUCGCCGCGUAGCCCUGGAGCAGUACAUGACCGAGCUGCUCGACACGCCGCUUGACGCACCGACUGCGGUGGAGCUUUGCAAGUACCUGUCCUCCAAUACGCUCCCUCCCAACGCCGACGAGACCGGUACGGCGAUGAGGACCCCUGAGAAGAGUGGCAACACAAUCAGCCCGGACGGCCGUCCGAUCCGGAGCGGUUACCUGACGAAGAAAGGAAAGAACUUUGGGGGAUGGAAGGCGAGGUUCUUCACCGUUGAUGGGCCUCAGCUCAAGUACUAUGAAACGCCAGGCGGCACCCACUUGGGGACAAUCAAGCUGGCACAUGCCCAGAUCGGGAGACAGUCUCAAAGCAACGAAAACCAGUCGCCUGCAACGGGGGCCAACGGCGAAGAGCUCGACAACCAGUACCGUCACGCAUUCCUCGUUCUGGAACCCAAGAAGAAGGACUCCACCAGCCACGUCAAACAUGUGCUCUGCGCCGAAAGCGAUAAGGAGCGAGAUAUCUGGGUCGACGUCUUGCUGCAGUGGAUCGACUAUCGCGAUCCCGAUGAAGCCGACUCUCAAAUCUCCAAGGCGCUCGUGCAGGACCGUCACGCAUCCGUUGCCGAGUACCCGGGCGGGCAGAGGAUCAGAAAGGGAAACCAGAGCAGAUCAUCUCAUCAGCCCACGGGUUCGGACCCAUUGAUUGGCGUCAGGUACGACUCGAUGCAGGCCAGAGAAGCGCCUCAGGGCGCCCCCAGCGGGCUCAGAGCGCCUGCUGGCCUACCCGACUUCCCCAGCCAGCUCAACAUGGGUGGAGAGACGAUGAGCUCCCAGGUGAAGAUGAUAUCCGGUCCAAGGGACCCACAGGUCAUCUCGGACUCGUCUGCCUGGGGCAACAGAAUGGGCGCCCCGAUUCCGACGACCGAGGACAAGAAGCAGAGGAAGCGAAGCUUCUUCGGAUUCGGACCCAAGACGCGCUCGUCGUCUGACGGCCAGGACUCAUUGUUUGGCGGAAGCGAGACGGGCUCCCUUUCCACUCCGCCGCAGGGCUCAUACCAGGGGCUCGCGCGCCAGGUUUUCGGAGCACCCCUGGGCGAGGCUGUUCGCUUCUGCUCACCGGUCGACGUCGACGUCCCCCUUCCCUGCGUCGUGUACAGAUGUGUCGAGUAUCUGGACAAGAAGAACGGCAUACACGAGGAGGGCAUUUUCCGUCUCAGCGGCUCCAACGUGGUCAUCAAGCAACUCCGCGAACGCUUCAACACGGAAUGCGACGUCAACCUGCUGACGGACGACCAGUACUACGACAUUCACGCGGUGGCGUCCCUCCUGAAGCUCUACCUACGAGAGCUCCCGACGACGAUCCUGACGCGGGAGCUGCAACGGGAGUUUUUGAUGUCGACGGAGAUUCCGGAUCGCGCCGAGAAGAUUGCGGCGCUGAAGGAGCUGGCGACGAUGCUACCGCAGAUCAACGCAACGCUGCUCAAGUACUUGAUUUCGUUCCUCAUCAAGAUCAUCCACAACGCGGAUGUGAAUAAGAUGAACGUCCGCAACGUGGGCAUUGUCUUUUCGCCGACCCUCAACAUCCCUGCACCGGUCUUUGCCCUGUUUUUGCAGCACUACCAGGAGAUCUUUGGCAUCGACCCCGAACGGUACGAGCCCCCGUCUGGGACACCGGAGCCGGACCCGCGAAGAGGACGUUUCGAUGCCCGGCCGCGCUCAGAGAUGCCUCCGCGGGCCUCGACGUCGUCAGGUAGCGCGUCUCCGCAGCGUCGGAUGCAAAGGGACUCGAGGAGAGAAAAUCCGAGGUCGACGCCGACGCCGCCCCUGAUGCAGAUGGCGCGCAGCUCGCCGACGCCGCCCUCGGCCACGUCUCGGCAGCAGCACGAUGCCGCGCACCUUGCGCAACAACGCGCCUCCACGGCAGGCACGUCGUCGCGGCCGGCUUACGAGAGCGGGUACGGCCUGCCAGUCGGCCAUGAGCUGUACCAGCACGUCCAGACGCAGCGCCCCCUACCUGGAUAUGAAAGGCCGAUAUAUGGCGCUGUCAAGGACGAUCACAGCAGCGGUGGGCAGCCUGCGGACCAGCCCCAACAAAGCGCGAUUGGCAAGCGAAGAGAGAGCUCCAUCUACAUGGGUGCUGCCAUGGGCCUUCAGCACCCAGGAUCGAAGAGUCGGCUUCGCGAGGAAGCCCGAUUCUGA